AUAAAGCCCCUCUUUGCUCCCUUCGUUGCCAGAUCUGGGCCACGUCUCGAGUCGCGUGCCCAGUGAACCCUUUUCAUGCGCCGCCAGCCCGAAUACCCUCAUUUUAAGUUAGUUUUUACUUGAUGUUGGUUUACCGUCUUGUGUUUUUGGUUUUAGUUGCCUUACAUUAAUACAUCUGCCCCCCCUUCCGGAACCCAUUACCCAUUCCCCAAUGAGGAGCCGUUCCUCGUUUCGUAGCAGGCGCAGGAGCCUCUAUCUCGCAAUCGCUGGAACAAUUGCGCUGUUGUACUACUUUACAUUUUAUUCAUCAUCGGACCCGGCGCGUCUACCGGAAUCAACACAACUUGAGCGCUACAUGAACUAUGGCGGUUCAUUACCAUUCGUGCCGGUGGUGGAGAGCAGCUUCGACUGGAGUCGAGUCAAACUCGAAUACCCGCCUGGCCAGCAGAGGUCGUUACCCCAAGGUGGAAACAAGCGUCUUCCACCGAUCCAGCAUGAGUUUGGCCCGGAAUCAUCAGCCGCCAGACAAAUACGACAAGCGCGACGCGAGGAGGUGAGAAAGCUGUUCCAAAAGAACUGGCAGAGCUACCGGAAGUAUGCCUGGAAGAUGGAUGCACUUCUGCCACUCUCUGCCGCCGGAAGAGACCAGUUUUCCGGCUGGGCUGCCACGCUUGUCGACUCCCUUGAUACCCUAUGGAUCAUGGGACUGAGGGAGGAAUUCGACGAGGCCGUCGCCGCUGUCGCCGAGAUUGACUUUGGGAAGUCGUCGACUUCCAGGGUCAAUACCUUCGAGACCACGAUUCGCUAUCUCGGGGGUCUUUUGGCGGCCUAUGAUUUGAGCAAACGGAAGGUCCUGCUGACCAAGGCCACCGAGCUCGGCGACCUGAUUUACAUCGGCUUCAACACGAGACGACGGAUGCCAGUUGAUUUCAUCGAUUUCGACCAGGCCCAGAGGGGCGAAGGUUUAACUGUGGAAGGCUUCGUUGUUUCAGCAUCGCCCGGAACUCUGUCUCUUGAGAUGACCCACCUGUCACAACUGACCGGCGACUCCAAGUAUUAUGAUGCCAUUUCCAGGGUCACAGACUUGUUCCACCAGCAUCAGAACGAGACGAGCCUUCCAGGCAUGUGGCCGAUGUACGUCUCCAUGAGCAGGCAAGAUGUCGUGACUGGACGCUCUUUCACCCUUGGAGGAGGUGCCGACUCCCUCUAUGAAUACCUUCCCAAGAUGUAUGCGCUUCUUGGUGGGCUCGAGCCCACAUAUGACACCAUGUCCAGGACAUUCAUGAACACGGUUGAUAAACACCUCUUCUUUCGGCCCAUGGUCCCCAAUGACGAAGAUAUACUCAUCUCCGGCAACGUUAAUAUUGGUGAUGAUGGCGUAGCCCGUCUGGAUCCCGAGAGCGAGCACCUCACCUGCUUUAUCGGUGGGGUCUUUGCGCUCGCAGGGAAACUAUUCGGAAGCCCGAAAGACGUCGAGACUGGUGCGAAGCUGGCGCAGGGAUGCGCCUACGCCUAUCGGUCCAUGGCAACGGGAAUGAUGCCAGAGCGGUACAACAUGGUCCCCUGCGAGUCGCGCAAGAGCUGCAAGUGGAACGAGGAGACGUGGGUCAAGGAGAGGUCAAAACGGCCCGAAUGGAAGAAGCAUCUGCCCCGGGGCUUCACGACAGCCAAGGAUCCCCGCUACAUCCUCCGGCCAGAAGCCAUCGAGAGUGUCUUUAUUCUCUACCGCAUCACCGGCGACAAGGCGUACCAAGAGACGGCGUGGGAUAUGUUCAAGGCUGUCAGCAAAGGCACCAGAACCGAGAUCGCAAACGCUGCCGUCCUUGAUGUGACCAUAGCAGGCGAGGAUCUUCCGCAGGAGGACUACAUGGAGAGCUUCUGGUUGGCCGAAACCUUGAAGUACUUCUACCUCGCUUUCUCCCCGCCUGACUUGAUCAGUCUCGACGACUAUGUGCUGAAUACCGAGGCACAUCCUUUCGCGAGACCAAAAUGAGUUUGACUCGUGUGUGUACGUAUGGGGAAUCCUGCAGCAAGUGCAGGACCCUAGUGCCAUGGACCUGCAGACUGGGAUCUGAAUGCAUUGCAACUUGGAAGAAAGGUCCAUCUAUGGCUUGAUGGGCUAAGGACACUGUAAGCCGACGAGGCGGCAUUCUGGGCUUGUGCGCAAGACUUCGCGACAACCCUCGGAGCAGUUGAGCCGAGUUUGUCAGCGGGGCGACUGCUCGAGACUCAUUCCUUGGGUAGCAUGGGGGAGGGG